AAGCGACCGAAGCGCCGGGGACGGCCGCUCGGCGCUGAGGAUGAGUGUUGCUCUGGUUACUGCUUUUCUGGGUUGUUCGCUGGCGACCGUCCUCCUGCUGAAAUGGCGGAGGAGGCGGCAGGCCCAGGACAAGAUAGAAAAAGCGAGGAGCCGGCGGGAGCGCGCGUUGGAGCAAAUGGGAAGAGCGGCUCAGCGCUUCAAGGAGCAGAAUCCAGAUCACCAAUCAGCACCUAUUUUAUCACUGACUUUGCCUGAACUCUGUCAGAAACUUGAGGAUGGUUCACUCACACCUGAGAGUGUUUACUAUACCUAUGUGGACAAGGCCUUGAAAGUGACCGCAGAUGUCAACUGCAUAACCAAUUACAUAGCAGAGAACGAAUCCCAGCUUCUGCACGGGAACAGUGGAGAGAGGAAGGGCUUGCUGUACGGAAUUCCUGUCAGCAUAAAGGAUUCCAUUAACUGCAAGGGCUGUGACUCCACUUUGGGCUUGACAAAGCGUCUCUUCCAGCCAGCAGCAGAAGAUGCUGUUAUAGUCCAGGUGUUGAAACAUCAAGGAGCAAUUCCAUUUGUAAAAACAAAUGUUCCCCAAUCUCUGUUGAGCUAUGACUGCAGUAACCCAAUCUUUGGAGAAACAUUGCAUCCUUUGGAUCACACUAAAACCUGUGGUGGUUCGUCAGGAGGGGAAGGAGCUCUUAUUAAAAGCGGAGGAUCCAUUCUGGGCAUUGGCACAGAUAUAGGAGGCAGCAUUCGUAUCCCAAGUGGCUUUUGCGGAAUUUGUGGUUUGAAAACCACUGGCAACAGAAUUAGCAAAAAAGGAAUUGUUCCAAGUAUCCCUGGUCAGAGAUCAGUUUUUGUUGGCUUGGGACCAAUGGCACGGGAUGUUGACAGCCUUGCCCUUUGCCUAAGAGCUCUCUUGUGCAAGAAAAUGUUCCAUCUGGAUCCCACUGUGCCACCUCUUCCUUUCAAUGAGCAGGUUUAUACCAGCUCUGCUCCUCUCAGAAUAGGAUAUUAUGUCAACAAUUCCUAUAGCAUGUUAAGCCCUUCCAUGAGACGAGCUGUGCUGGAAACCAAGGAGCUUCUGGAAAUAAAUGGCCAUGUGUUGGUCCCCUUUGAGCCAUAUCACAUGAACUAUUUUAUGAACAACUUCUUUGCUCCAGGCUUUUUUGCUGAUGGUGGUGCCACUGUCUUAAAGUCUUUCGAAGGUGAGCCUAAAGAUCCGAAACUACAGCCCUUCCUGCUGAUGCUAAAAUUACCUCACUGGUUACAAAGAGUCCUAUCCUGGAUCAUCAGACCAAUACAUAUUCGUCUGUCAAGAAGUUUGAGGAACCUGCAUGAAAGGUCUGUAAAAGAGCUUUGGAAAUAUCACUUGGAAGUUGAGGAAUACUGCAGAGAAUUCAUUGCAGAAUGGAAAAGACUGGAACUGGAUGUGCUGCUUUGUCCUGCAUUGGGUCCUGCUUUUAAGAGUGGGUUUCCAGGAAGAAUACCAGAGAUUAUUUCUUAUACUGUCUUAUAUAACUUCUUGGACUUCCCUGCCGGUGUGGUACCAGUUACAACAACAACAAAGGAGGAUGAGGAGGAGUUAAAGAGUUUCAAAGGGCACUUCAAUGAUCUUGGAGCCAAACUCCUUGCAGAGGCAGUGAAAGAGUCUGUGGGACUCCCUGUGGCUGUCCAGUGUGUGGCUUUGCCGUGGCAAGAAGAGCUCUGUCUCCGGUUCAUGAAAGAAGUGGAGACCCUAACCAGGGAAAAAACAAGGAAACGUUGAAUAUGAUAUCCCAGAAAGCAGAAUGAAGUUAUAAUAACCAUGGACUUUGGGGACUGACUUAGAUUAAAUAACUGAGGAUUGUCACUACUGAUGAAAUUGUUGAGAAAGUAUAGGGGAACAAUAAUUAUAGGGGUUGAGCUUCAUUCCUGUAAAUACUUUCCAUUGAAAGAUCCAGUGCCAUUCCUACACUGUAGAUAUAACAACAUGCCAGGUCUAAAAUAAUGAAGUUAAAGUUUUUAAUGUGCUUCUUGGAAUCAUGUAUCUGUGGAUGGAGGAUGGAGUGAAUAGGAAACAUUUGAGGAAUUGAAUAAAAGUGAUUUCUCUAAUCUUG